AUGACACCUCCCUUGCUCACAAGCAUCCAGAACAACGCCGACAAUACAGAUGCAAUGGAAUUGAAUGUAGACACUAUUAGUGCCGCUCUUGAAGCAUUGGAGCUUCCCGUCAGUCACAACGGUGUGGAAGACAUCCCAAUGGGCAAUCUCAUUGUGGCCAUUGUCUUCUGCCUUCGUCGUUUUGGCAUCAUUGGGUUCAAUUCAAAUGUUUGUCCCAACAACGCAACAUCCAUUGAUAUUCACACCGUCCCAGAUAAUUAUGCAGGACCAACCGAAGCUAUCCGUCUCUCUGACAACCGUGCCGCCGAGCGUAAUGCGGUAAUUGAUGCACUAUUCAUGGAGCAGGUUGGUGUUCCAACAGCUGCAACCCAUGCAUCACAUGGUGAGGAAGAUCCUCUCACCAGUGAUAAUGCUUGUAUCUUUGUUGAGGACAGCGACGAUGAAGACAACAUUUCCUACGUUUCUGAUAUACCUGAUGAUAUGGCGUUAUCUGGCGUAGCUGCCAACCACGUUGCAGAGGCCGUUGUUGCAGCCUCUCCUGUUGCAUUUGCCCCCGUUGCAGCUGCGCCUGUUGCAGCCAUCCACGUCGCAGCCCCCAUUGCAGUUGCUCCUGUUGCUCCUGUUGCAACCGCUCACGUCGCAGCCGCAGCCCACGUCACAGCCAACCACAUCGCAGCCGCCCCCGUCGCAGCUGCUCCUGUUGCAGCCGCCCACGUCGCAGCCCCCAUCGCAGUUGCUCCUAUUGCAACUGCUCACGUUGCAGCCGCAGCCCCCGUCGCAGCCAACCACAUCGCAGCCGCCCCCGUUGCAACUGCUCCUGUUGCAGCCACCCACGUCGCAGCCGCCCCCGUUGCAACUGCUCCUGUUGCAGCCGCCCACGUCGCAGCCCCCAUCGCAGUUGCUCCUAUUGCAACUGCUCACGUCGCAGCCGCAGCCCCCGUCACAGCCAACCACAUCGCAGCCGCCCCCGUCGCAACUGCUCCUGUUGCAGCCGCCCCCGUUGCAGCCGCUCACACAGGAUUUUGUCCUAAUUGCCAAAUGCAGAUUCAUUUCCAUACUCCGGAGCCUUACUAUGUUGUGACUAAGGGAAAGCGAGUUGGUGUGUUUACUGGCUGGCACAAUGUCUCCCCCCUUGUCACUGGAGUCAGGGGAUCCGUCUACAGGAGGUACAGUAAUGAGGCAGCUGCUUAUGCCGCCUUCCAAGAGGCUCUUGAUGCGGGAAACGUUGAAGUCAAAGGGGUCUAG